UAAAACCGUGUAAAGAAAAGUUCAGCAUGAGAAAAAGACGACUAUAAAUACAAGUCUUUUUAACUUGCUAAACUACCAGAAUUAGUUUCUGAAAGCAAAGAAAAACUCUUAGCAGACAUGGUUAGCUCAUCAAGCUCAGGCUCAGCCUAUAACCUUGUAUUUUGCCUGCUACUCUUACUGCUCAUUCCGUUUCCUUCUCACUCAUCCGACCCCGAUCCGUUACAGGACUUUUGUGUGGCGGAUCUAACCGCCACUCCAUCCACUAAUGGCUUUCCUUGCAAACCCGUCUCGGCAGUCACUUCAGAAGACUUCUUCUUUGAUGGACUAAGCAAACAAGGGAACACAAAAAAUGCCUUUGGCUCCAGUUUGACCCCUGGGAACGUCCUUGCUUUCCCGGGUCUCAACACGCAAGGGAUCUCGAUGAACCGAGUUGACUUUGCCCCCGGCGGUCUGAACCCUCCCCACUCACACCCUCGCGCAUCCGAGACCGGGGUGGUGAUCACAGGGAAGCUCCUCGUGGGGUUCGUGACGACGAACAAUGUUUUCUACUCCAAGGUUUUGACUGCUGGGCAGAUGUUUGUCGUUCCUCGGGGACUAGUCCACUUCCAACAGAAUGUUGGAGAAGGAAAUGCCCUUGCCUUCACUGCCUUCAACAGUCACUUGCCCGGCGCGGCUUUGGCCGCCACAACUCUCUUUGCUUCAAAACCACAAGUUCCUAAUCAAGUGUUGACCAAGGCCUUCCAAGUGGAGGAUGACAUAGUCAACACCAUCAAAUCCAAGUUUGGUGCUUGAUUUUUACGUUUUGAUCAUCAAGAUUUCCCUUUGUUUUAAAAACUUUUUUUUUUUUUUUUUUUUGUAUUAUUCUUCGAAUUGUUUCUGCCCAAGUUCUUCUGUUUUUAUUCUAUGCAUCUCAUCUUUUCCUCUGUCAGUCAUCCCUCUAUAGUGUUCAUUAUUGAAUAAAAUGAAAUACAUACAAACUACUUCACUUUUGA